GUUAAUAAGGAAAUCAUCCGAAAAAAAAAAUAUGGAAGAGCUCUUACCUGCCCAAAAGGAAAACACAUGGAGAAUUCAAUUUGACUUCUGAGUUUUCAGAUGAAAAAUUUAAAAAUUAUUUUAGAAUGACUAGGAACGAUUUUAAGGAAGUACAUGCGAUGAUUGCUACAGAUUUAGAAGAUCAAGGAUAUGGUGGUCAUGAACGAAUUAGUACUGAAGAAAAAUUGGCCGUUUUCUUAAGAAUUGUUGAGUUCAUUACCCUGAAUGACUAUAAUAUUUGGUGUCAAUGGUGUCCCACCUUCCUGUGGCUGUUGUUGUAUAGGAGGAGGCAUACGAUAUGUUUCUGCAUCAAAAUGUGGCUGUUGUUCUGCAGAUUUGUCGCGAGCGGUAACUCAUAUCGGAGCAUUGGUUAUAGUUACAGAAUGGGAGAAAGGACUAUCUCAAAUAUUAUAACCAAAGUAUCUUCAGCUAUUUGGAGAAACAUGCAACUUAUUUACUUGCCGGAACCUACACUGGAUAUAUGGAAAAAAAUGCCGUCGAUUUUCAAAAUAUAUGACAAAUGCCUAAUACCGUGGGCGCUAUCGAUGGAAAACACGUGACAAUUAAGAAACCGAUAAACAGUGGAUCCUCAUUUUUUAA